AUGUUCAUAUUCGCGCCGCGCGACACGUCGACCUCUCGACAUGGCUCUGUCUCGCGACGGGGUCGUUUCGCGCGCUCGUCCACAACGACGAGCGUGACGCAGAUGCUAAGCGACUCCUGCACGAGUCUUCUCCAGAAGUUGACUACGAGAGUACGCGGAACGUCUGCACUCAAUGACGUCGGCUCCACGGCGAGGCGAUCGCCUGGUGUCGGCCGACUGGGUACCACAAGAAGUCGCUUGGAGAACAAGUAUAGCACGAUUUUAGACAAGUAUUCUGGCAAGAGGCACGCCGACGCUUCGGAACGAAGCGGUCGCGGUUAUUCACGGAAACAAGAGCGAGAUCACAGCUAUUAUCACCGAGACGACAGUCCGUUUGUGCGCGACGACAAGACUCUGGAGCCUUCGAUGACUCGUACUGUCAUCAAGAGUCCCACCAGCGUGCUUCUCAGCGAGAAAGCUUAUCCCUACGUGAGCUCCGCGAUAAGCAGAGAAUCCAGACGCGAGAAGACGCCCGCCUACAACCGCACAGCUCGGCAAACUUUAUUGAAUUCGGAUGCUUAUCGCCGUUACGGCAGACACAAGUCCGGACAUGCGGAAACGCGCAAUAGGAAGGUGAGGCCGCAUCGAAACGGCAAGAGCGAGCAGCUGGAAGCUCAUUCGACGUCUCUAAGAUUAUGCCGACCAGUCAAAAUCGAAUCAUUGACGUUUGUGGAUAGCAAAGAAAUCACGGUCGAUCCGGACAAGACGCCAGUCGCAAACAGCAACACGGAGAACCUCAAUGACGUCGCUCAGAACGUUACGCGGAACGAAUUGUACGCGUACGACGCAUUAACGGAGGAUGUGGAUCCGGCGAUCACGGACCGGGCAGCCAAGCGAAAGGAGAUCCAAAGUCUAAUCCUGAAGUACGCCGCGAUGGAAGACACCUAUAGUCAAUUGGCGGCUGGUGGACAGGCGAACGUACUUCCCAGCACGACGGAUCUCAUCGCCAGCAAGUACAAGAAGAGCAAUCACCGCAGCAAGCAGAAAGACGACGCGUCCAAGGGCACAGUAGCCCCGGGUAGCGCGAGCGCGAUUAGCGAGGUGGACACGAUUCACGACGCGAUCAGCCCACGACCGCCCUCCGUUGAGGACGACGAAGACGGCCACCUUGUAUACCAAUCCGGCGAUCUCCUGGCCAAUAGAUAUAAAGUACUGGCCACCCUAGGAGAGGGUACUUUUGGAAAAGUUGUCAAGGUUAAGGACUUGCAAAUGGAUCAUGUGAUGGCUCUGAAGAUUAUUAAAAACGUGGAGAAGUACAGGGAAGCAGCAAAGCUGGAAAUAAAUGCUCUUGAAAAGAUCGCUAAUAAGGACCCGGAAGGCCAGCAUCUAUGCGUAAAGAUGCUCGAUUGGUUCAAUUAUCACGGACACAUGUGUAUCGCUUUCGAAAUGCUCGGUCUGAGUGUUUUCGACUUCCUGAGGGAUAACAGUUACCAGCCGUAUCCGUUGGAACAUGUUAGGCACAUGGGCUAUCAACUUUGUUACGCUGUUAAGUUUUUACAUGACAACAAGCUCACGCACACGGAUCUUAAACCGGAGAACAUCUUAUUCGUAGAUUCGGAAUACGAUAGCACAUAUAACAACAAAAAGCUUUUUCUUUUUAAGCGGAGAGACAUGAGACGCGUGAAGCGAACCGACAUCAAACUUAUCGACUUUGGUAGCGCUACUUUCGAUCACGAACAUCAUAGUACAAUCGUUAGCACAAGACAUUAUAGAGCACCCGAAGUGAUUUUAGAAUUAGGUUGGUCUCAGCCCUGCGAUGUUUGGUCCAUCGGUUGCAUCUUAUUCGAGUUAUACCUGGGCAUCACGUUAUUCCAAACACAUGAUAAUCGCGAGCACCUGGCGAUGAUGGAACGUAUACUUGGCACGAUACCACAUCGCAUGGCUCGCAAAACUAAGACCAAGUACUUCUACCAUGGCAAACUGGAUUGGGAUGACAAGAGUUCGGCCGGUAGAUACGUACGAGAUAAUUGCAAGCCAUUACAUCGUUAUAUGCUGUCUGAUGAUGAAGAACAUCGUCAGCUGUUCGAUCUGGUUCAACGAAUGUUGGAGUACGAGCCCUCGCAACGUAUUACUCUGAAGGAUGCGUUGACUCACCCGUUCUUCGACGCUUUACCAGCAUCCCAGAGAUUGCCUGACCCGCGAGCAGCUGGUGAUUCUCAACAAUCUCACGAACGAUCACAUUCACUCUCUCGAUGAAGCUAGGAAAGGGACCGAUCUCCGUGCUGGACAGACACUCCACUUUCAACGACACUACUGCCCUAUGUCUUCGUUCUAAUAUCAUUAAUUUUUAUGAAAACAUGUCUUUCGUAACUACAAGAGAUUCAAUGAUGUGAUGAUGCGAACGUUGAUUUUGAAAAAUAGUGCGUGUAUGUGUGUAUAAAUACUGAUCAUUGGAAUUCUUCACUUCAUCUGCACUCAGCACUGAUUUAAUUUGGAACUAUAUAUAGGAACUAUACGUAGAGAAAGCAGUAGUGCAGUGGUGCCGUGGAACUUGGACUAAUUCGAUUAUAUCUAACGACGAGCGAUCAGAUUACUACCCGUUGCCCGAUAAGCUCCCGGGUGGUCCACGUUUGUUUUUAUCGCAAUUGUCCAUCAUGAGACAAGCGAUAAGGUCCCUGUUACUGGCGCGCAAAGGCCAGUGUGUCUGCUCAGUGUAGCGUAACAGAGUCCCAUAAUUGUAAACAAUUUUUUAAAUGCUCUUCUGUACAUUUUUUGUCCUUUAAAUUUAUUACACUGUUACUAUACGAUAUAAAUGAAUUUGGAAUAAAGAUCACUUUCGGGGUCAACAGUUCAUAAUCUGUUUUGAAUUGACGACCACGAAUGUGUUCUGACAGUAAGUAUCGGACUAGUGAAAAAUUAAAAUGGAUAAUAGUUUUACUUAUACACGUCAAUAGAGUUGACAGAAAUUGAGAGAAAGCGAUUGAACGCGAGCGAGAGAGGAAAUGUGUGAAUAACAAUCACCACAAUUCAUCAUUGUGAAUUAUAUACAUCUUGAAAUGUAAGAAUACAUAAUUGUCUUA